CUCUAUUUUGGGAGGCUGUAGUAAAGCAGUGAAGAUGGCUGCCGUGGGAAGAGCAUCCACCGUUGCAACGCCGUCUGGAAAUUAUCCCACGGUAGACAAUCAAAGUGCAGAAGACGAUGACGGCCAGAAUUUAUGGUCCUCUAUUCUGAGUGAAGUAACAACGCGGUCUCGAUCGAAAUUGCCAACUGGUAAAAAUGUUCUUGUCCUGGGUGAAACCAGGGCUGGUAAAACAACUUUGGUUGCCAAGCUCCAAGGCGUGGAGGAGUACAUGAAAGGCAGAGGAUUAGAAUAUAUGUACUUUAAUGUUCUUGAUGAUGACAUUGACGACCAUACCAGAUGUAGUGCUUGGGUAUUGGAUGGUGACCUGUACCACAAAGGUCUUCAGAAAUUUGCUGUAUCUCAGGACAAUCUUGCCAACACCAUGAUCCUGCUGGUUGUUGACAUGUCCAGGCCCUGGCUGGCGAUAGACUCCUUACAGAAGUGGGCGAGUGUGGUGCGGGAGCACAUCGACAAGCUCAGGAUCGUCCCAGAAACCAUGAGGGACAUGGAGCAGAGGCUGAUGAGACAGUACCAGGAGUACACAGAACCAGGCAGUGACUUAACUGCGUCUCCCCAGAGAAGAAACCCAACCAUGGGUGAAACAGAUGACGACAAUGUCUUACUCCCUCUUGGGGACAACACACUCACACACAACCUUGGGGUCCCUAUGAUGGUAGUAUGUACCAAGUGUGAUGCCAUUAGCAGUUUGGAGAAGGAGCACGAUUACAGAGAUGAACAUUUUGAUUUCAUACAGUCACAUAUUCGUCGCUUCUGCUUGGAGUAUGGGGCUGCACUGCUGUACACUUCAAUGAAGGAGAACAAAAAUCUAGAUUUGUUAUAUAAAUACCUCGUCCAUAGACUAUAUGGGUUUCCUUUUAAUAUCCCUGCACAAGUAGUAGAGAAAGACUCUGUAUUUAUCCCCUCAGGUUGGGACAAUGAAAAGAAGAUAGCCAUCCUGUAUGAGAACUUCCAGUCUCUGAAAAUGAAUGACAACUUUGAAGACGUUAUUGUUAACCCUCCACUGGGAAAGUUUGUACAUGAAAAGGAACUUGGAGCUGAAGAUGACCAGGUGUUUUUAGUGAAAUUGCAGUCACUUCUGGCAAAAAAUCCUCCAGCUGCUGCUGGAAGACCUGUGGAUUCCACCAAUAGGGGGCCGAGUGGCUCGCCGAGGACAUCAAACCGCUCCGCCACAGCCAAUGUAGCCAGUGUCAUGCCCAUGCAAUCAGGUACCAAGAAGAUAGAUCCAAACAUGAAAGGGGGCCAGACCAGCGAGGGUGUCCUGGCCAACUUCUUUAACAGCCUACUGAGUAAAAAAAGUGGCGGUCCAGGACCAGGUGGGAAUGGAAACAGUACCCCAGGGACAGUCAAGAAGUCAGGUUCCAAGUUGGGCUUAUCAGAUGUCCAGGCAGAUCUGGAUUGCAUAUCUAGCCAAUCAGAUCUGGAAUCUUCGUCCCCCACCACCACAGCGCACCCCAUUGAGUCAGAAGAGUCCUGAAGCCUUUUUGCAAACACUUUGACCUCUACCCCUUUCUUUUUUUAAAAGAAAGACACCUGUUUGUGUCCCCAUCAAAGUGAAUCAGCAGUUCAGCUACAGCACAAAAGCAGAUUCACAAAAACAGAAUCAUAAGCCUCCUUGGUCUCUUGCAUGUUUGCCUGUUAAGAUGCAGUUAAGCUGUACAGGAGUUUGGUUGUGCGGUAUGAUGACAUGAGAAUAACCCAGAAGGAGAUGGAAUGAUCGGCUGUGUCUGAGUCUGGGAAGUGAGUGUAAGGCUACUGAUUGUGUCGGAUAAAAGCGCCACAUAUUGGUGCUUAUUGAAGUUUUUACUGCUAUAUUUUGGAUAGACACUGAGACACAGAAUUCAUUCAUUUGUAAUUCCAUCCUUAAACUUUGGAGGUAUAAUAUUUCAGUUUUUUAUCAAAUCAAAUCCAGAAAAUAAAUGAGGAAAUAAAGUAAUGCUUAAAAAUG